ACUUGGAGUAAGUGCGAAGGCACUGUACUUACUUGACUGGACAAGCUCAGCCUUAUGGUUUUCCAAAAUGUCCAGCUCUUAAAAAGAAAGUAAAAUGCAGAUUUACAUGAAGAUCACCUGCACUGAUGGUAUAUUUUAUAUCAACUGCAGCCACCCAUCAGCAGUAGCACUGAGAGAAAAAGAUGAAAAGAGCAACGGUGGACAAAGUUGGCCCAGCAACCUUUGAGAAGCCGACACUUUGCCUGUUCCUGUUGGAGUUUUUUCAUUAACAACAUGCCGGAAAAUCGCAUUUCUCGUUGGUAUUUUGGUGGGGUCUCUUCCAGCGCAGCUGCCUGUUUAACACACCCACUGGAUUUAAUUAAGGUGCACUUACAGACGCAGCAGGAGGUGAGGGUGAGGAUGAUGGGGAUGACCGCUAACGUAGUGAGGAGAGAAGGUUAUCUGGCUCUGUACAGCGGCCUCAGUGCUUCUCUCUGCCGGCAGAUGACUUAUUCUCUGUCACGGUUUGCCAUUUAUGAGACUGUCAGGGACAAGAUGAACAGAAAAAAUAAAGGUCUCAUGCCAUUUUACCAGAAAGUUCUGCUGGGAGCCUUUGGAGGGUUUACAGGUGGUUUCAUCGGGACCCCAGCCGACCUGGUGAAUGUCCGAAUGCAGAAUGAUGUAAAGUUGCCAGUGAAGCUCAGAAGAAAUUAUGCUCAUGUGCUUGAUGGGAUGAUACGUGUUUGGAAGGAGGAGGGGAUAAGGAAACUGUUCUCUGGUGCUACAAUGGCUUCUACUAGAGGUGCACUCGUCACUGUUGGUCAGCUGUCCUGUUAUGACCAGUCCAAACAGUUGGUUCUGGCUACUGGUUACCUGACUGAUAACAUCCUCACUCACUUCCUGGCCAGCGUGUUUGCAGGUGGCUGUGCUACCAUCCUGUGCCAACCACUUGAUGUUGUUAAAACAAGAUUAAUGAACUCAAAAGUGGAAUAUGGGAGUGUGUUUCACUGUCUAACAGAAACAGCAAAGCUGGGCCCAAAUGCAUUCUACAAGGGUCUUGUUCCUGCAGCGAUCCGACUCAUCCCGCACACAGUCCUCACCUUCAUAUUCCUGGAGCAGCUGAGGCAUCAUUUUGGCGAAGUGGUCGUCACCUGAGACAGUCGUAAGAAGGGCAUCCUGCAAGGUAGCCAAGGCUAGUCAUCACAAUGUCAUCGAUCUUCCAUAUUGGACUGCUUGAUCACGAUAACCCACUAACAUGCCGAGGUUAGCUGGGGUCCUCUUGUGCCAGGAGUAAACUGACAUACCCUUGUGCGUCAUUUCCUUCAUCCAUAGCAGAAGAAUGAAAGCGAGUCAUGCAUUAAUACUCAAAGCUCCAGAUAAGGCACAGGGAGGAAAGAACUGUGAUGUGUGUCUAUCACAGCAUUACAAACAAGGAUGACUUGAAUUACUCCCUUUCAGCCUUGUGGCACUUUAUCUGUCAUAAACUAACUGUAUAACUAUAUAUGACCUAAGUAUUGUAGUUGAAAGGAAUGUUAAUAAACUUAACUCAUGUUUUGUUACAACGAGAA